AUGGCCGCCCUACAGGUCCCCGGGUUAUCUGAGAAUGUCCACUUGCAUCUGGUAAUUGUCGGGCUACACGUAACCUCUAGGUUGGCUAAAUCCGUGUACAAAGACCCAGUCCGAACUUUAGUCGAGUCCACUACACGGUCCAAGAAAUACUUGGAGCUGGAGCAAAUGGAGGUGGAAAAUGCGGAGCCAAGGCAAUACCAAGGCCAAGUGGAAAAACCUGGAAACCGGAAGCAAAACGACUUCCGGGGUAAACGGCCAAAAGAGAAGAUUUCCUCAAAGGGGAGAUUCGAUAGAUAUGCGCCCCUGAACUCGUCCAGAUCACAAAUCUGGAGGGAGGUAGCAUCCAUUGAAAUGAAGAAGGUAGAUAGGCCUCGACCAUUACUGAAUCCAGCCGGGCUUGACCAAUCUCGGUACUGCGCAUUUCAUGAUGGCCCUGGUCACACUACUGAUGAAUGCUGGGAUCUCAUAGACUCAAUUGAAAGGUAUAUCAGAGAGGAAAAGUUGCGUCAAUAUCUAAUAAGAACUCAAGGAUGGAAGAAUAAUAAGAAGAGAAGAGGAGGGCGGCCUAUGAGCUCGCCACGAGAAAAGAGAUUCAGAGAAGAGGGCCAAGGUAAGAAGCCGGCCAAAGAAGACGAUGAGUUCGUAGAACCUGAGUUCGAAUGCAAUGUGAUUAGCGGAGCUUUCUGUGGAGGAGGAGAUACCAUGAAUGCCAGAAGGAAAUACUUAAGGGAGGUGCUUUCAAUACGAGAGCGGCCUAAAUUUAAAGAAACUGAACCAGAGGCACCACUAUUGUAUUUCACUAAGAAAGAGUUGGAGGAUGCAUUCCAGAAAAUGAACCUGGAUGAAGAAGAUUUGAAACCUUGCAACACGGCUUUGAUCGCGUUCAAUGGUUGUAACAUUAUCCCUAAAGGGUACAUCGACCUGAGGCUUACUUUGGGAACAAAGGAGGCCUACAAGCAGAAAGGAUAA